AUGGCGACCCCAAAAGUGGCCGACCUGCGCAUCGCCACCGUGCAGUUUGAGAGCAUCUCCGGCGACAAAGCCGCCAACCUCGCCACCAUUGCGCGCUUCGCCGCCUCUGCCGCCUCUCAUCACUGCCACGUCGUCGCCUUUCACGAGUGCUGCAUCCCCGGGUACACCUUUGCCGCCCGCCUCUCCUUCCCCGCGCUCCUCGCCGUCGCCGAGCCCGUGCCCUCUGGCGCCAGUACGCAAGCGCUCAUUAGCAUCGCGCGCCACCACAACAUUCUCCUCCUCGCGGGACUCUACGAGCGUGACGAAGAUGAAGGCGAUAGCGGCAGUAGCGUCAUCUACAACACGUACGUCUGCGUGUCCGGCGACGGUCUGCUUGCGCGCUUCCGGAAGCUGCAUCCGUUCAUUAGUCCCCACCUGCGCGGCGGCCGCGAGCUCGUCGUGUUCGAUUUGCUCGGAUGGAAAGCUGGCAUCCUCAUCUGCUACGACAACAACGUCGUCGAGAAUGUGCGCGCGACGGCGCUGCUCGGCGCCGAGAUUCUGUUCGCACCUCACGUCACCAUGUGCACUCCGUCGGCUCGGCCCGGCGCCGGCUUCGUCGACAAGACCCUGUGGCAGGCGCGGGACGCAGACCCGGCGCCGCUGCGCGCCGAGUUUGACGGAAACAAGGGACGCGCGUGGCUGAUGAGGUGGCUGCCGGCGCGGGCGUACGACAAUGGUAUUUACGUCGUAUUCAGUAACCCGAUUGGCAUGGACGACGACCAGCUCAAGAAUGGGUGCAGCAUGGUGCUGGAUCCCUUUGGCGACGUUCUGGCCGAGUGUCGAGUCCUGGGCGAGGACAUGGCUGUCGCGGUGUGCACGCGUGACAAGCUGCAAAAGGCUGGUGGGUUUCGUUAUCGUCAGGCGAGAAGACCAGAGAUUUACGGGGAAGUUCUUGCGCGGGAGCACGAUUCACAGCUCAAAGUUGCGUGGAUGUAG